AUGACACCGUACGAGGUAAUGCUGUCAGAAUCUCAAGAGCGCAUGCUGGUGGUCGUCAAGCCGGGACAUGAAGAUGCGGUGAAGGCGAUAUUCGACAAGUGGGACUUGCAGUCAACGGUCAUCGGCAAGGCAACUGACGACGGACUGGCGCGAAUUAUUGACAGUGGAGGCGACGGCGCAUUGUUGCAGGGCGCACCUCUCGUCAGCACGCUGACAGACGCGCCGCAGUAUCGCUUGCAGGGCGUGAAGGCGAAGUGGCUAACUGAGUUGCAAGAGCGGGACUUGUCUGAAUUACCCCUGCCCAAACAGUCGCCAGAAGAUGUACUGCUGGGUCUGCUUGCGUCUCCCAACAUCGCAAGCAAGGAGUGGGUGUAUCGCCAAUACGACCAUCAGGUUCAGACGAACACUGUGGCAGCGCCAGGCGCCGAUGCCGCAGUGUUGCGCGUGAAAGGCACUGCGAAGGGCAUCGCGCUGUCGACGGACGGCAAUGGCAGGCUCUGCUAUCUCGAUCCGUUCAUCGGGGGCAUGAUCGCGGUGGCGGAAGCAUGCCGCAAUGUGUCCUGCACCGGCGCCGAGCCGAUAGCACUCACCGACUGCCUGAACUUCGGAAACCCGGAGAGCCGGAAACAUAUUACCAGCUUGAGCAGUGCAUUCUCGGCAUGGCAGAGGCAUGCCGCGCGCUGA